GACGCAGUGACGUUGCAUCCCCGGUCGAACCUCCGCAGUCAGCUGCGAUGUGAAGUGUACAUAGUCGCUCUAGCAUAGACAGGGUGGGAUAUAGCGAAGAGAGAGAGAGAGAGAGAGAGAGAGAGAGAGUAAAAAAAGAAAAAGAGAGAGAAAGAGUAAAACGGUUUGAUACACAGCAGCAUCAUGGCACCCAUCGGACUGAAGGCGGUGGUCGGCGAAAAGAUUAUGAAUGAUGUCAUCAAGAAGGUGAAAAAGAAGGGAGAAUGGAAGGCUCUAAUUGUGGACCAGCUCAGCAUGAGGAUGCUCUCCUCCUGCUGCAAGAUGACGGACAUCAUGACGGAGGGGAUCACCAUUGUGGAAGAUAUAAACAAGCGCAGAGAACCUUUACCCAGCCUGGAGGCCAUUUACUUGAUCACCCCCACUGACAAGUCCGUGAACACCCUCAUUGCAGACUUCAAAGACCCGCAGUCAUCCAAAUACAAGGCAGCCCAUGUGUUCUUCACAGACUCUUGCCCCGACCCCCUCUUCAGUGAGCUGGUGAAAAGCCGCGCCUCCAAAACCAUCAAGACCCUGACUGAGAUCAACAUCGCCUUCCUGCCCUAUGAGUCACAGGUGUUCUCUCUGGACAAUCCGGACGCCUUCCAGAGCUUCUACAGCCCCCACAAGACCCAGCUGAAGAACCCGGUGAUGGAGCGGCUGGCCGAGCAGCUGGCCACCCUGUGCGCCACGCUGAAGGAGUACCCCGCCGUGCGCUACCGGGGGGAGUACAAAGACAACGCCACCCUGGCUCAGCUGGUGCAGGACAAACUGGAUGCGUACAAGGCUGACGACCCCACCAUGGGCGAGGGGCCAGACAAAGCUCGCUCUCAGCUCAUCAUCCUGGACCGGGCUUUCGAUCCCGUCUCCCCCGUCCUGCACGAGCUCACCUUCCAGGCCAUGGGCUACGACCUGCUGCCCAUCGAGAACGACGUCUACAAGUACGAGACCAGCGGCAUGGGAGACUCGCGCGAGAAGGAGGUGCUGCUGCACGAGGACGACGACCUGUGGGUGGCGCUGCGGCACAAGCACAUCGCCGAGGUGUCCCAGGAGGUGACUCGCUCACUGAAGGACUUCUCUGCGAGCAAAAGGAUGAACACGGGAGAGAAGACCACGAUGAGAGACCUGUCCCAGAUGCUGAAGAAGAUGCCACAGUACCAGAAGGAGCUGAGCAAGUACUCCACCCACCUGCAGCUGGCGGAGGACUGCAUGAAGCACUACCAGGGGACCGUGGACAAGCUGUGCCGUGUGGAGCAGGAUCUGGCAAUGGGCACGGAUGCUGAGGGGGAGAAGAUCAAAGACCCCAUGAGGGCCAUUGUCCCCAUCCUGCUGGACGCCAACGUCAGCACCUACGACAAGAUCCGCAUCAUCCUGCUCUACAUCUUCCUGAAGAACGGGAUCACAGAGGAGAAUCUGAACAAGCUGAUUCAGCACGCGCAGAUCCCCCCGGAGGACAGCGAGAUCAUCACCAACAUGGCCAACCUGGGCGUGCCCAUCAUCACAGACUCCACCCUGCGCCGGGGCAAGAAGUUGGACCGCAAGGAGCGCGUGAGCGAGCAGACCUAUCAGCUGUCCCGCUGGACCCCCCUGGUCAAGGACAUCAUGGAGGAUGCCAUUGAGGACAAGCUGGACACCAAGCACUACCCCUACAUCUCCACCCGCUCCUCUGCUUCCUUCAGUACCACAGCUGUCAGUGCCCGGUACGGUCACUGGCACAAGAACAAGACCCCCGGGGAGUACCGCACCGGGCCGCGCGUCAUGGUCUUCAUCAUCGGCGGCGUGUCUUUCAGCGAGAUGCGCUGUGCCUACGAGGUCACGCAGGCCAACGGCAAGUGGGAGGCCGUCAUCGGUGCCACCCACACGCUCACCCCCACCAAAUUUCUAACGGACCUGCAGCACCCCGACUUCCGAGAGUCCACUAGGGUGUCCUUUGAGGACCCAGAUCCCUCAGACGAGUGAGAGAGAGAGAGAGGGGGAGAGAGGGCGAAAAGAGAGAGAGAGCACACAGAAAAAAAAGAUCCACCCACAUCUUCACUCCGACCGGCCUUCUCCACGCCCUCAAGGCCAUGAACAAACCAGACGAGGAGCAGACGAGCUAAAAAAACGCCAAUCACCUUCUCUCGCCCCCUGACCCCGCCCCUUUCACCUGAAACCCCGCCCCAUUCCAGCCCACCCCCUCCCAGUCCCCCUUCCUCUUAUAUUAAAUGUGUAUGCAUCUUGCUUGAAAUAAAAACAAAAAAAACUUGACAGCACUGAUAUACAAAAAAAGUUGAAACAACAACAAAAAAAUAACAUUGCAAGUAUUCUCAUGUUUUUCAUUGGAUGCAAAUAAUGACGAUGAUUAUAAUAAUAAUAUAAUAAUAGUAAAAACAGUUAAAUAUCUUAAGGCCAAUUUAAAAAAUAAAAAAAACCAAAAGUACCAAAUGUAACAUUGUAUGCUAUGAAACCUUGCUAGAAUGUGUAAAAGAUAGAGAUUUUGUUUGUUCGUUCCUUCAGUUUUCUUUGAUGGUGUAUCAUUUUUAUUGGUGAUGCGUGGAAGGGGGAGGGGUGGUUUGAUUGCUGCCAAGGUCACUAGAGGGUUGCUAAGACAACGGCUGCAUUCUCCUCUCUUCUGAAAGGCCUGCUUCUGCGUGUAAUCAGAGUCUGACGUAAACAAUGGCUAGGACAAACUUUUUGUGACUUUUUUUUUUUUUUUUUUU